UAAAUUAUCGCAUUAAGAUCUGAGCUGUCCAUAGUUCGUAGUUAAGUUUACCAAUCGACUUUUAAAACAAAGAUCUGGGACUCUCUGUCUCUCUCUAUCUCUCUCUCUCUGUGUCUCUCGCUGAGCGAGUUCGCGUACCUGCGCAAAGCGCGUGGCGGAUCUCUCGGGCAUCACCUUCAGCUGGAAAGGCUGCGGAACUAGAAGCACUUCUUCAUCUGCGCCAAAUUCAGGAAGUGGGAAUGGCUAACAGAGUGAAGGAGGAUGAGAAAAACGAACGAAUUAUUCGGGGUCUUCUCAAACUUCCUGAGAAUCGGAGAUGUAUCAACUGUAACAGUCUGGGACCUCAAUAUGUUUGCACAAAUUUCUGGACAUUUGUUUGCACAAACUGCAGUGGAAUACAUCGGGAGUUCACACAUCGAGUAAAAUCAGUAUCAAUGGCCAAAUUUUCUUCACAAGAAGUUACUGCCCUUCAAGAAGGGGGAAAUCAGCGUGCAAAGGAGAUCUAUUUUAAAGAAUGGGAUCCACAGCGUCAUUCUGUUCCUGACAGCAGUAAUGUUGAGAAACUUCGAGACUUUAUUAAGCAUGUUUAUGCGGAUAGAAGAUAUACAGGGGAAAGGAACUAUGAAAAGCCUCCAAGGGGGAAGAUGGGUGAGAAGGAAGACUUCUAUGAAAACAGGAGAACAGAUGCAUAUCAAGGAGGGUCUCGAAGUCCACCAUAUGAGGAUACAUAUGAACGCCGUUACAGUGAUAGGUCUAGUCCUGGUGGAAGGAGUUAUGAAGAAAGAAGAAGUCCUGGAUAUGAUCAAGAAAGUCGGCAAUUUAGUGAUUUUAGGAGAAGUCCUGCUCGUCCUGAGGUUGUUAAUGAUUGGCGCCGAGAUGAUAGAUUUGGAAGUGGGAGGAAAUUCGAAGACCGUAGGGAAUCUGGUGGAGAUUCUAAACUGGAAGGCAGAUCACCUGAGCGACCUAAAGAUGUAAAUUCGUCCAGUCCCCCUAUGGUGCGGCCCGUAAGAGAAAUUUUGGGUGAGAAUGUGAUACCUCUUCGCAUAAGUGAACCUCCAAAAGCCAAUGGUGGCAGGGCUGCUGAUGGCUCUGCACAUACACUGAGAACCGCAUCUUCCAGUAGCUUGGGAUCCAGUAAUGGGAAUCCUGUGGAAGUCAAAGUGGAGAAUACUGGAAGCUUAAUUGAUUUUGAUGCUGAUCCUGAACCUCCAGUUGCUGCAGCCGUUCCACAAACACAACAGACUUCAAUGACUCAACCCACCGCACAUCCAACAACUUCUAACAAUGACAAUAAUUGGGCUUCUUUCGAUGCUUUCCCUGAGGCCAAAGUACCUCAAGCUCCUUCGAAUGUGAAUACGUUGGAAUCUGUACUAUCACAAUUAUCAGUCUCAGCAUCUGUACCUGGUCAUGUUUUUGGAACUCCUGGUAGUUCUGGUUUUACAACCGCACCCACUGGCAACACAACAAUAUUACCUAUUACUGGUGAUUCAGCUGUUGCACCGGUAGGGAACACACCUGCGGUACCUUUUACUGCCAGUGCUCCUGUUGCUGCACCAAUAAGUAGUUUGUCAAUGUUUCCCCCUGGUGGUGCACAAGCAAUUUCACCUGGAUUGACGCCGAUAUUACCUGUCAAUGGUAGCAAUUAUGUUGUCAAAGUGCCAGGUUCUGACCAAGGGCCUCAUAUGCAGCAUCAACAACCUUCUUUCUUUCCUGCUACUGGUAGUCAGUCAACUGGUCAACAAUUUAUAACAUCGGUUGAUGUAGGUACAAGCAAUCAGUGGAAUUCAUCACUUAACAUUAAUGCACAAGGCCCUUCAAGUAAUCCAGCUGCACACGCAUCCCCAGCUGUCUCAAAACCGCCACAUGUGCCCGCUUCUGGUGAUGUGUCACAACCUUCUGUUGUGGAAGUUAAAGCAAGCUCAAGAAAAGAACUUCCUGUGGAUCUUUUCGCUGCAACCUAUUCACCCUUCCCUGCACCAGUUCCAGCAUGGCAAACUGGUCCACCCCAUGGUAUGGGGUUCAAUAUGCAAUACAAUGCAACAAUGUCAGUGCCAAAUUUUCAACAGUCAAAAACUACAAAUCCAUUUGACUUCAACAGUGAACCUCCUCUAGUUCAAGCUCCAACAUUUCCUUCCAUGGCAUCCUUCCAAGGUGCUCUACCAAAUGUCCCACCUGCUUCAGGCAUAAUGCGUACGUCCAGCUUUGGCACUCCAUCAUCAGCGUGGAUGCCGCCCCCGGCAUCACCUUAUGCACCAGCUUUGCCUCCCCAGGCACCAUCUUACGCAUCAGCAAUGCCUCCAAAUGCAUACAUGGGGCAACAAGUACACAGUAACAUGCCAUAUUCCAGGCAUCAAGGUGUAGGGGGCUUUGGUAAUGACGGGGCUGCUUUUGGCUCCUUAAAUAUGGAUCAGCAGCUGGCUGGCAGAUUCUCAGCACCUGCUACCCCAAAUCCUUUCUCAUCUGUUGGUGGUAACCCAUUUGGAUAAAAUAUGCAAAAGGAAAGCCUUUCUGACCCAAUUUAGGUCAAGCAUCAUCUUGUUGCUCCCUGUCAAAGUUGCUGGGUGUAAAGUUUUGGUGUCUAUGUUGUGGUAGUUUUGAGUUAUCCAGGCCAAGGAGAGAUUUGUUCUCUUCACCCCCGGGGCAAAAGUCAAAUGUCACAUGGCCAUGUAAGAUUUGUUUGAUGCUGUAAAAGAAUGAAUGAGAUAGGGGGAAGAGUGACAGAGAUAGGGGGGGAGAGAGAGAGAGAGAGACCUGGGUCUAAAGUAGGUAAGGAGGCCGCCUCCAUGGAGACCCGGGUGGCCGGGUCUAUAUUUUGUGCGGGUAUCUGUAGCGGUUCAUUGGGUGAUACAUGUGUUUGUUUGCUGCCCCUAGAAGCUGUAUUAUUUCUCUCUGUUGUAUUGUAUGAUUUUGCGAUUUCUUCAUCGUUGUGGUGAGCUCUUGGAGUCUGGAAAUUUAUGAAACAAAAAAUAAAUUAUGUUAUAGGGGAGUUAAGUUGUA